CAGAGGGACAGUAGUGUCAUAUUUUGAAUUCUGAAAAAAUUUGAAAAACAAAACUCACCCACUGACAGCUCUUAUCUCGUCCCCAGUGUCUCCCCCGCAAACCUUUACCUCUUUAAUUUUCUAGAUUUUUUCUACAAUCCAGAGAUUUUUUUUUCUCUCUCUCUCUGAGAUUGUGAUAACUGUUUCAUCAGCUCAAGGACGACGGGCUGAACGAAAUCCUCAUGGCCGGUUAUUUCGGAGUACUGGUUUCGGAUCCAUGGCUCCAGAAUCAGUUCACGCAAGUGGAGCUCAGGACCUUGAAAUCUUCUUUCAUGGCGAUGAGGCGGGAGAGCGGCGGUGGCGGAUUGAAGCUGGCGGAGCUGCCGGAAAAGAUGUCGAGGCUGAAGCACGUCGGCGAGAAUCUGACGGAGCAAGAGAGAGCGGCGUUUCUUCAGGAAUCGUACCAGGAUUUGGAAAUGGAUGUCGAUUUCGAGCUGUUUCUGAGGGUAUAUCUAAAACUUCAAGCUCUUGCAACUGAACGGCGGGGAAGUGGCACGAAAAAUGCAUCCGCAUUUUUGAAGUCUCCUACUUCCACACUGCUUCACACAAUAAGCGAAUCUGAGAAGGCAUCAUAUGUUUCGCACAUCAAUAACUAUCUUGCAGAAGAUGAAUUCUUGAAGAAAUACCUUCCUAUAGAUCCUGCAACAAAUGAUCUUUUUGAGAUAGCCAAGGAUGGAGUUCUAAUUUGCAAACUCAUAAAUGUUGCUGUACCUGGAACAAUUGAUGAACGAGCUAUAAAUACAAAGAGGAUGCUCAAUCCGUGGGAGAGGAAUGAGAAUCACACGUUGUGCCUCAAUUCUGCCAAGGCAAUUGGAUGUACAGUUGUCAAUAUAGGGACUCAGGACUUUAUUGAAGGAAGGAGACACCUUGUUCUUGGAGUGAUAUCUCAGAUUAUCAAGAUACAACUGUUGGCGGACCUCAACUUAAAGAAAACACCACAGUUGGUGGAGCUGGUUGACGAUAGCAAGGAUGUGGAGGAGCUGAUGAGCCUACCACCAGAGAAGAUACUACUAAGGUGGAUGAAUUUUCAAUUGAGGAAAGGAGGGUACAGUAAAAUUGUUACAAACUUCUCAUCUGAUGUAAAGGACGCUGAGGCUUAUGCUCAUCUAUUGAAUGUUCUAGCUCCCGAACAUAGUAAUCCAUCCACUCUUAAAGUAAAAGAUCCCCUUGAAAGAGCAAAGUUGGUUCUCGAGCAUGCUGAUAAGAUGGGCUGCAAAAGAUACUUAACAGCCAAAGAUAUUGUGGAUGGUUCCCCAAACCUUAAUCUUGCAUUUGUAGCACAUAUCUUCCAGCACAGGAAUGGACUCUCAACCCAAACAAAACAGAUAUCUUUUCUCGAGACUCUACCAGAUGAUGCACAGGUGUCCAGAGAAGAGAGAGUUUUUCGUUUUUGGUUAAAUAGUCUGGGAAAUUCUUCAUACAUCGACAAUGUCUUUGAAGAUCUCAGAAAUGGGUGGAUUCUCUUAGAGACACUAGACAAGGUGUCCCCAGGGAUCGUCAACUGGAAAAUUGCCUCCCGACCUCCCAUCAAAAUGCCAUUCCGGAAAGUAGAAAACUGCAAUCAAGUAGUCAAAAUUGGGAAACAGUUGAAGUUUUCCCUAGUCAAUAUUGCUGGAAAUGAUAUAGUUCAAGGAAACAAGAAACUGAUACUAGCCUAUCUAUGGCAGUUGAUGAGGUAUAACAUGCUUCAGUUAUUGAAGCAGUUAAGAACACAUUCUCAUGGGAAGGAAAUUAAAGACGCCGACAUUCUAGAGUGGGCUAACAGCAAGGUCCGGAACUCUGGGAACCAGAGCCAGAGCCAUAUGGACAGUUUCAAGGAUAAGAGUUUGUCAGAUGGGAUCUUUUUCCUUGAGCUGCUCAGUGCUGUGCAACCAAGAUCUGUCAACUGGAGUCUUGUUACAAAAGGGUUAAGUGAGGAGGAGAAAAAGAUGAACGCGACCUACAUCAUCAGUAUUGCACGGAAACUCGGAUGCUCGAUAUUUUUGCUUCCUGAAGACAUAAUUGAGGUAAAU